AUGUGGUCAGAUCCAGGCAACAAUUUCAUUGGAGCAAAACCAGUCUUAGAGGAGCUGUACAGAUUCUUGGAUGGUCUUAACAAAGCAGCCCUGGAGGAGGCUGCAGCCAUAAAUGGAACGGAGUGGAUGUGGAAAAUCCAUCUGGCCGAUUCUCCACACAGAAAUGGUGCUGCAGAAGCUGCUGUCCAGUUUAUAAAGAGGGCACUCCUGAGUCUUGGAAAUGACUAUGUGCUUAGUUACAGCGAGUUUCAGACAACUCUUCACAUAGCAGCCAACCCUUCAAAUGAGUGCCCAAUUUACGCCAGGGAGGUGCUUCCUCCAGAGUGUGCUCCAGGAGGGCAUUCGCUCCUCCAGAACCCCUACCGCAGCACUAGUUUCAGCUCCACUUCUCUGCAGCAGUCGGCCUUGCAGGACUUUGUCUGUGACCACUCCCUCACACCAGGCUGGUACCGCUUUCAGAUUUUUGAUAAGCCCGCCAGCAUGCCAACCCAGUGUGUUGAGGUAAACCGCUGUGGCACUCAGGCCCCAGUGUGGCUGUCCCUGGGUGAGGGGGAAUCCUUGCCGGGGCCGCUGGAGCUCCGGCAGCUGACGGCCUGCGCUGCCUGGCAGUUUUUUUCAACAGACAGCAAGGACUGCUGUCUGUUCCGCAUUCCCGUCACAGUACGCAACUGUGGAGGCUUCUACAUUUACCUGCUCCAGCCGACCCAGGGAUGCAUGGGCUACUGCGCACAGGAGAUGUCAGACUCCCUGCCCGUGGUGGCGCUGACUUGUGGCCCCGACGAGGUGGACACUGAUGGAACAUGUAAAUCCAAGCAGCCCCCCUCUCCGUCUGUACCAGUGAUUGUCUCAGAGCUCUCUGGAAGCACCAUUCACCUCAGGUGCAGCUUUGAAGGUUACAGCAUCAACAAUUCACUGGGCUAUGUGGUGGCCUGGUCCCGCCUGUCCCCCCAGGGCAUGAAGGAGGAGCUCAAACAGGAGACCACCAUCCAGACCUACGCCUUCAUUGAGCUUGACGGCUUCAACCUUCGCCUGGGGGACAAGAUAUACUGCUCCAGCUCCAGUUUCUUUUUGGACUCGCCCAACGUCCAGGGAGCCCCUGUGGAGAGUCAGGAGUUCUUUGCUGGAAUCAGGUUAAGACCAGAAACUACCACGGUAUCUGAAGAUGGCAGGGGAUAUGAGCUAGCUGUGGAGAGCACAAUCCCUAUCUCAUGUCUAGAAGAUUCCUCCUCCUCUGUCGACCGGUGCACUCUGUCCCUACGGCUGAGCACAGAUAACCAAGGUGAUGGUCUUUUUGGACCAGAUCUGUCGUUUUCUUCCUGCCUGGUGGAUCUGACGCAGGCUCCCUGCAGGAGCGGUGUGUGCAGCCAGGCCCUGCUCCAUUUCAGUCCCACCACUGACUUUGUCAAGGAUGGAGACAGGACUACCCAGAUCUCUGUCAAAGCCAUCAGUACUCACAACUUUCUUUGGAAUGGAUACUCCCCAGAGCCUGUUAAGAUUACAGUGAGGGAUGUCCCUGCCGCCUACUGCUACUCUUUCACUGACCCUCACAUCAUCACUUUCGAUGGCAGGCAAUAUGACAACUACCACAUAGGCACGUUUGUACUCUACAAGAGCAACCUCUGGCCAUUUGAGGUUCACGUCCGUCAUUGGGAAUGUGGCAGUGUGGUGCACGCUGCUUCGUGUGUGUGUGGCUUUGUGGCGCGGGAUGGUGGGGAUGUCAUUGCCUUCGACAUGUGUACUGGUGAACUGGGUGAAACCAAGCCACAACUGACAGUCAAGAACAGAGAUGUAGGCAAGAGUGGGAUUCGAAUCACCGAGUCCUACCAGGGGCGCAAAAUCACUAUGACCUUCUCCUCCGGAGCAUUUGUGCGAGCGGAUGUGUCUGACUGGGGAAUGAGUUUGACCCUGAGAGCUCCUAGUUCAGACUGGAGCCACACAGAGGGGCUGUGUGGGACAUAUGACGGGAAAGCUGACAAUGAUUUCCAUUCAGCUGGUGGCCAGACUGUGGAGGAUCUGCACUCCUUCCUCUCUGAUUGGAGGCUACCUCCAGGCACCAGCCUAUUCGACACCAUGCCGUCUUAUCAGAUGACGCUGAACCCCCGCAAGUACUGCAACUGUCAGGCUGAGCCCAGCCUCUCAUCCCCAAGACCCCAACCUCCACUAACUUCCCCUUCCGACUCAACCUGCUCUAACCAUGGCAAUGUGAGACUUCCUAGUGUCAUUCCCACCCUUGACGUUACAGCUGAAUACAUCAGCUCAGUGGAAUUGCUCAAAGGCAAAGAGGAUGUAAGACAAACACCGCUGGCAGGACGCAUUAACAAACAUAUCCAGGAUCGGGGUAUUAUCGUCAAGCCAGAUGAAAGGGGCUCUGGGCUCUUGUCAACCUCCCAGGAAGAAGCUUCAACGUCAGUCCUCCACCGGAGGAGCAGGGACAGGCAUCAGUCCAUUUCCAGCCCACCGCACCAGAGCCUCAGUCAGUCCAACUUAGAAGGAUUUGCCUAUUUCUUCCCAGAGGACCAUGAACCAGCACCGCAUCCUGACUCCUACUCUGCUCCAACAUGGCCCACACCGUCUGGGCUGACCCAACGGCAGGCCAGGGUGCAGUGCCACCGUGUUGUGGCUAACUCGAGCAUAGCGUUAAGCUGCCGACGUCUACUCGGACAGGCUAUAAUUAGCCGCGCUGUGGCAAUAUGUGUUAGUGACCUGCAGCUAAAGGAUGACCAAGCGUGGCUGAAUGCAACUCUACCGCUGCUAGAGAACGAGUGUGAGAGGAGACUGGUGGAGGAGAGGAGGAGAGAGGGCGAGUAUCAGAAUGCUGUGAACAUCCUCAAAUGUCCUCAUCUGUGCAGCGGAAAUGGCCAGUGUUCUGAGUGGGGUUGUGUGUGCUUCCCAGGAUUUGGCUCCUAUGAUUGCAGUUUGCUGUCUGACCAGAUCCCAGAGAUCACUGAGUUGGAGAAGGAGGGUCUUUGUGAUGUACGACAGGGAGACUGUUCCACAGUCCAGGUUUACGGCCAAGGCUUCAAGGAUUCCUAUGAGCUCAAGUGUGAGUUUGUUAAGGAAAAGUUUAUCAAUGGGGAGUGGGUUCUGGAUGAGCCCCAGUUUGCCCUGGCCACUUUCUUGGAUGUGACGGCUCUGGAGUGUCAGCUUCCCCUGGGCAGUCAGGACAGUCCGGCUCCUGCAAAUCUGAACCGGGAGGUGACCACAGAUAAACCCCUGGCCCGCUGGCAGAUGAAGGUGUCCAAUGAUGGCUACAGCUACAGUAAUGCCAAGAUCCUGACCCUGUACGAUGGGGCCUGUCAGAUCUGUAGUCUCGAUGCCGAUGUCCUCUGUACCCUGAGAGAGAAAACUUGCAUCAUUGAUGGUCAAUGUUAUGCUGAGGAGGACCGCAAUCCCAGCAGCCCUUGCCUGAUCUGCCGCCCAGACACCUCCAAAUACACAUGGUCCAUUGCAGAGAAGAAUGAACCUCCGGUGCUCCAGUUGUUGCCGUCUCAUCUCCGGUCCUUUCAGGGGGAGAACUUUGUGUACCAGCUGCAGGCGCAGGACCCUGAGGGCUCAGAGAUCCUCUUCACGCUGGAGUCAGGGCCCCCUGACGCGUCUCUGUCCCCAGCUGGCCUGCUAAUCUGGAUGGUUGCUGCUCAGACCACCGUUAUACACACCUUUCAGUUCACUGUGACAGAUGAAUGUAACGCCGAGACCAGAGCGUCUGUUCAGGUGUCUGUGCACUCCUGUGACUGUCUGAACGGUGCUUCCUGUGUAACCAAUGUCAACCUCCCCUCCGGUAGCGGGGAAUACGUGUGUAUGUGUCUCGACGGAUUCAGAGGGGACAGGUGUGAGGUGGACAUCGAUGACUGUAAGCCCAACCCCUGCAGACUGGGCCGCUGUAUUGAUGGCCCCAACUCCUUUUCCUGCAUCUGUCCCCAAGGAAUGACAGGCCAUAGAUGUAGAGAGGACAUAGAUGAGUGUUUGUUCCAGCCUUGCUUCCCUGGAGUGGGCUGCAACAACACACUGGGCUCAUUUGUCUGUGGAGUCUGUCCACAGGGCUACAGUGGAGAUGGAAAAACCUGUAACGGUGAGCCCCCUGGAAAGGUUGUGACCAUACCAGAUAGAGUAACUCAAAGAUCAAGCAGACCCAAGCCGCCAAGCCUCUCGCCUUGCCUCAGAAGGCCAUGUCACCCAGGGGUGCAAUGCUUUGAAAGCACAUACGUGUCAGCGGGCUUUAUCUGUGGUCCCUGUCCUUCUGGCCUUCAUGGCAAUGGGCUAACGUGCAGCAAGAGCACUGCCACAGGUGAGAGGCAUGGAACAGUCACCGAUAUAGUGGAUGGAAGAUUUCACAUCACCGAACCAGAUUCUAGUGAGGAUAUCAUCGCUACCUCCUCUUCCUCCUCAUCCACCCCAUCCAGAGGACAUCCUGACAGGAAGACAGAGACAGAAAUAGAUGUUUCUAGCACAAGGAAAGUGUCUUCCUUUGACAAAAAGACUACGGCUACCCCGCACAAUCAAACUAUCACUGGGGUUCACACCCCUGUUGUCCACAUUUGGCAGUCCAGUGGGAAGGAGCUGACCCCUGGUCUCAGUACUGGUGUCAGAUGGGGAUCACCAUCACACACAGUGACCUGUGCGGACUCUCCCUGCUUCUCUGGCGUGCCCUGUGAGCCCACAGUCACAGGAUCCUACAAGUGUGGCCGCUGUCCGUUUGGCUACACUGGAGAUGGAGUAACUUGUAAAGCUGUCUGCAGGUAUCAGUGUGGGAAGAAUAUGGAAUGUACUUUGCCCAACACAUGCACCUGUAAAGAAGGCUAUACAGGAUACAACUGCCAUAUAGCUAUAUGCCGGCCUGACUGCAAGAACCAAGGGAAAUGUGUGAAGCCCAAUGUCUGUGAUUGUCCCCUUGGCUACGGUGGUUCCACCUGCGAGGAAGCCAGCUGUGAACCACCUUGUCAGUAUGGAGGGACUUGUCUGGCCAGAAACCUCUGCACCUGCCCUUACGGCUAUGUGGGACCAAGAUGUGAAAUCAUGGUUUGUAACAGGCACUGUGAAAAUGGAGGUGGGUGUAUUUCUCCUGACGUGUGCAAAUGCAAGACUGGCUGGUAUGGGCCGACAUGUAAUUCAGCUGUUUGUAACCCUGUCUGUCUGAAUGGUGGAACUUGCGUGAAGCCCAACAUCUGUGCCUGCCCUGGCGGCUUCUAUGGCUCCCAGUGUCAGAUUGCUGUGUGCAGUCCCCCUUGUAAGAACGGAGGUCAGUGCAUGAGAAACAAUGUGUGUUCCUGCCCUGAAGGCUACACGGGAAAAAGGUGUCAAAAGAGUGUGUGUGAGCCCAUGUGUAUGAAUAAGGGCAAGUGUGUGGGUCCAAACACUUGCUCAUGUGCAUCAGGCUGGAGGGGCAAGAGGUGUAACAUACCUGUAUGUUUGCAGAAAUGCAAGAAUGGGGGUGAAUGUGUGGGACCCAACACCUGUCACUGUCCCAUUGGGUGGGAAGGUCUCCAGUGUCAAACACCCAUCUGCAAGCAGCGGUGCCAGAAUGGAGGGAGGUGCGUCCUUCCUGACUACUGCCACUGUCGUAAAGGCUACAAGGGUCUCACCUGUGGCAUUAAGGCACCACCAGCAUGAUGGAAGUGGAAGUGAACGUUACAGUAGAAUGAACAACGCAUCAAAAUGCACAAAGCUAGAAGAGUAGGAUGAGGUGUGUGUCUGUGUGUGUUUGUCGUUGUGUGUGUUUAUGGGAUUGUGUGUGUGCUGUUUGUACACUUUUGAACGUGAAAGGAGGGACUUGAUAUAUUGCACUUGUGUUAUUGUCCCUGUGUAUCACUACCUCAUGGCUCAAGGCAACACAGAUUUAUAGAUUUGUUUGCUUAAAACUACAUAGCAGUGCUAAUACAAAGGUUUCAUACAGCAUAGGAGUGUUACUGCUGCGUGUUAUAGAGGCUAAAGACAAACGAAUCAGGUCGAUACAUGAUUCAUUACUGCAUACCAAUAACCUUUUAGUUCCCAUUCUUUUAAGUUGUAUUUACCACGUGACAGUAUAGUAUAACAUGAUCUAAUCUUUACUAAAGCCAACAUGCACUCUUUUUCUCUUACAUGAAAUAAUCCAUUUUUAUUCUGCUUCAUUCAUUAGGACCAAUUGGUACACGAGUAUUUCGGUUUAGGCUGAUUAUAUUGAGAUAUCUAUCACAUUAGGGUGCUCUGUUCAUUUUUGAUUUUUUAUUGUUGACUUUACUAAUGUACUCUUUACUUAGUUCCUGCCUAAAUUUUGGUUUCGCACACGCUAAGAGCGAUACCCAAGACUUAAAAUGUAGCCAUUAGUGUUUUGGUUGAUGCCAAAAGGUUUCACCAAAACCAAAUUACUUAGUA